AUGGCCAGGCUAGAAUUCGGCAUCCCCUCCGCCAUCCCGGAACCCUUUUCGGCAAACUACCUUUUUGCAAAGGAUGAAGUGCCAGAGUUCCUCAUUCCGCAAAGAGUGCAUAGCUCUACCAAUGUCACAUCGCCAGAGCACCUCAAAUCUAGCAGCCCAGGUAGCUAUGCCACUCUAAGCAACUCGUCAGAUGGAAACAGCAGCAUCGUUCUAGAUUAUGGCGUCGCCGUAGCAGGCAUCCCAUUUCUGCAAAUCCAGGGACUGGAGGCACCCUCUAGCAAGGCUGUGAUCGAUGUCACAGUAUCAGAAGGCUAUCCAGGCAUCACCAAGGCGGAGGGUGACGGCCCCUAUCCCUUCUCCGCUGGUGCAGACACAUCACGCCGCGUUCGAUUCCGUGUGACCGGUCCAGGCUUUUACGAAGCCAAGUGUGUCCAGGGCAGCCAGCGCUGGCUGAAGCUCUCGCUUGUCACGAAGAGUCCCUGUUCUGUGCGGGUAUCGCUGGCGGGCUUUUUGCCUACCACGUCCAACAUUCCAGUCGACAAGCUUCCGGGAUACUUCCAAUGCUCAGAUGACACGCUGUCAGAACUCUGGGGCUACGGGGCGAGGACGCUGCAAUUGAACUGCGUGCCGGCUCGCUCUAUCCCCUCGCCAUGGCAAGUGUCGGAGGAUAUGGGCGUUCUCAUCGACUCUCAAAGAUGUAACGCCUAUGGGUGGGGACACUUGUGGACGGACUACAACCUGGAAUUCGACGGUAUGGUUCUCGAAGGAGGGCUGGCCUGGAUGGUACGCGUGACGCCCGGCAUGCCAGGCAUGCUAUUCCAGUUGAACAUUGGGAACGGCAAGACUGUUAUCGAGCAGUGGUACGGCUACUAUAACAAGCCCCAGACCACGUUAGUUCCCAACCUCAUCGCGUCUUUCGAAAUCCCGGAACCUGAAAUCCGUGAAAACCAAUGGUUUCGUGUUCGGACAAGCUGCAUAGGUGAUGCCACGAUCUCAAUCAGCAUCAAUGGCACGCACGUCGCCAAGUUCAAGCAAGGAGGUUUGAAACUUGAUGGCUUCGCAAGUCUCACCCUGGAACCCGGCAAAACUGACUUCCCCUUCUCAGCCCAGGGCUCAGUUGCCAUCGGAGCAGGACAAGACCAGCUAUGCCGCUUCAAGAACCUCAUCGUCCUUAGCCCCGACCAGAAAGUCCUCUACGAGUCUAGUCUCAACACUCCAGCAGUACUCGCCGAUUUCGGCUUGAAGACAAAUCAGUUCCCGUUUGUCUUUGAUGGCGCCAAGCGUGAUAGAUACCCCUGGACGGCUGACAUCAUAGUCGGCGGCCGAUCAGCAUACUACUCUACAGCUGGCUCAGAAUACGUCAGAGGCAACAUUGUCGCUUCCAUGCUGAGGUUCAAGGGAGACGAAAAGGGACGUGGCCUUCUGCCUGGGGGUGUACCUCCUGGUCGGGACUUCACGAGGGAUCUUACUGACGGAUUCUUCAACAUUGAAACAAUCAACUACUCUCUCUACCUUAUCUUGGUCAUUUACGACUACUGGAUGUAUACUGGGGACGACGCCCUGGUCAAGUUCUGUUGGAACAAGUUGAAGGGUUGUCUCGCAUUCGUCGCCGCGCGGGUCAACAAUGACGGGCUAGUCUGUGCAGAAGGAAUUGAGGCAGCUGACUACGAUUACUAUAAUGGCAUUCGGACAGAUAUCUCUACCAAGCUCAACGCUCUCUACGUUGCUUCACUCAAAGCGUCCGCACACCUCGCCUCAUCGUUAUCCGAUCAAGAAGCAGCGAAAACGUACGAAUCAACAGCAAAGGACGUAGCAGAAGCUAUUAGAACGCACUGCUUCAACGAAGAGCUGGGUCAAUACAACAUCACAGACUCUCGCAGGGAGGGUUUCCAUCAGGAGAUGCAUGCUUGGCUCAUCCUCCAGGAUAUUUGUACGGCGGAACAGAUUACGUCCAUCCUCGACAACUUCAAAUCCCUUGUUUCUCCUUCCACCAUUAACGAGGCCCCGCUAUCUUUCAGCCCAGACACGCCCGGUCCGCCGCCGGUCAUUUCUCCUAUUAUGUCAACCGCUCAUAUCCAAGCUGCGCUACAAGCAGGCCGUCCUGCCGACGGCGAGCGGGUUCUUCGUAACGUCUUCGAGCCCAUGGCAGACAAGACGAGCGAGCACUUCACAGGUACCACGUGGGAGUUUAUCAACCCCGACGGCACUCCUUUCAAGGGCGAUUUCUGCUCGUACGCGCAACUUUUUGGUGCAGGACCAACGUCCAUUCUAUCACAGUACGCACUCGGUGUGGAGCCUAUCACGUCUGGCUUCAAAGAAUUCAGGAUCUGGCCAAGAUUCGACGUCACAGGGUUAAGGUGGGCUCAGGGAAGAGUGCCAACGCCAGUUGGCGAGGGUAUCGUGGUCAAGUGGCAGGUGUCUGAGAGCGGGUGGUUACUGGAGGCUUGGGCGCCGGCUGGUUUGGAGGGCAAAGUUAGGGUACCGGAACCUGUGUGGGCGAGAAAGAAGAGAGUCACUGUUGAUGGGAAGGACGGCGAGAGUGGCGUGGAAGUGAAUUUUACUAAGCAUGUUGAAGUUGCGGUCUUUUUCUGA